UUGUGCAUGACUUCUCUUACGUUAAGAGGCUCUUUUCUGCAAAGUAUUCAAAAUGCAAGUCACCGUAAAAUCAAACAGCAGAUAACCAAAGUCAACCGACGAGGUCUCUACGCUGCCUUCAACGGUUAAUAGUUAACGGUUAGCUGAAUUCAGUUGUAAUGUAACUUGACGUUGACAAUGUGGUUGACAGUUAAAAAGCCAGUUAUCAGUGUUUUAAAUUUCCAGUAAUUGUUAUUAUAUUGAAGUCGGUAGUACAAGCUAUGGGACAUUUGCAGCGUCAGUACUUUUAGCUUUAUUUAGCCACUCGGGGGUUUGUCCUUUGUCUUGAGCAUUUUAGCUUGUACAAAGGAAAAAUGUCCUCUCUGUCCCAAGAUCCAGGAAGAUUCAACUUAAAACAUGCUCAACUGUGCUUAACCUAACUGAUCUUCUGAAGCCUCUGUAGAGAUUCAUGUGCUUUACUUUAAGAAACAUUUCACCAUCUACUGUUAGUUUAAGACCAUCCACCCACCAUUGCUCUAUAUGUGUAGUUCAGACCUGAGCCAUGUCACGACAGAUGGGAGACAGCCAUCGAAGGUUUCUACAGACCAUGAUGGUCAAUGGCAUUGUUGAUGAACAAGGAGCAAGGACACUUUAUCAGCAUUGCUGUGAAACACACAACACACAGUACGCUCCCGACAAACUGGAUGAGUUCAUUGAUACGAUCAACUCAAAGCUGCAGCCCAUGUUCAUGCAGAUAAGAAAAGGGAUGUCUGAAGAUAAUGGUCAACAAUACUACGCCUUGGUGAACAUGGCUGAGACUGACGUCACCAGAAUGUCAUCAGAUUAUGCCGACAAUGAGCUGGAGCUGUUCAGGAAAACGAUGGACCUGAUUGUGGGCUCUGAGAAUGGCAAGGCGUCCUCCACCGACAUCCUGAAUAGCGCAGACACCAUGACCAGCAAAAAGCUGAAGAAAAGUGAGACAGAGCACCUCCUGAACCGACUCGUGCAUGACAAAUGGCUCAGUGAGAAACGGGGUGAAUACACCUUGUCCACCAGGUGUAUUAUAGAAAUGGAGCCAUACAUCCGCACAAUGUAUCAAGACCAGGUCAAAGUGUGCCAAAUCUGUCACAACAUCGCUUUCCAGUGCCAAAUCUGUGAAAAUCCUACAUGUGGCAUAAAAAUACACAACCCAUGUGUGGCCAGGUACUUUAAAGGAAGAUCAGAGCCACGAUGUCCGGCUUGUGAUGACUUUUGGCCACAUGAAAUCCCUGAAGUCAGACGGCCCAAGUCUCAGUCCAGGAGAUGAGGACUCAAGCAUCAAAUGUGUUUUUUUGUUUGUUGAAAUUGUUUAAAGUAUUUUUAAAAUAAGUUUUUUAAUAAACCAAAUUGUUAUUGUAAAUAUCUUUAUUUCUACAAAUAUAAAUGAGAAUGUGUUUCAUUGAAAUGUCUUUUUUUAUAUGUAUAUGUUUUCACACAAUCAUUAAAAAAU